AUGCCUGGCGCCAUGCGAAUCUUUCUCUUAAUUGUUGCUGCCCUCAUUCUUCUUGCUCAAAUUUUCCCAGCCAGGGGAGGUAUUCAAAGACAAAAACGUUGUGUGAAGAUGGAUGGUCGCUGUGAAGUCGAAUGCCUGUCUUUUGAAGAUAAGAUUGGGGGCUGUAGAGCUGAACUGACACCAUUUUGCUGCAAAAAGAAGCAAAAAAAUUAA